UUCAUACUAUAGCUUGCAUUGAUGAUAAUGACAGAGAGAAGGAUAAAGAAGGCAGAGGGAUCACUCGUUAAGGAGGAUAACCGAUAACCUUCCUCAGGCUACUCUCGUCACACGUGUCGCCCUGUUGUUUCUUCCUCAGGCUUCUCUGGCUUUCUUCUCAUCAUCGACCAUGUCUGCAUUCGUAGGCAAGUAUGCUGAUGAACUGAUCAAGACUGCCAAGUACAUCGCCACGCCGGGGAAGGGGAUACUGGCGGCAGACGAGAGCACCGGCACCAUCGGAAAGCGUCUCGCCAGCAUCAGCGUCGAGAACAUCGAGUCAAAUCGCCAGGCGCUGCGCGAGCUUCUCUUCACUUCCCCCUCGGCACUCUCCUUCCUCUCUGGCGUCAUCCUGUUCGAAGAGACGCUCUACCAGAAGACCACGGAUGGGAAGCCGUUUGUCGAUGUCCUCCACGACAAUAAUGUCGUCCCCGGCAUCAAGGUCGACAAGGGCACCGUUGAGCUUGCCGGCACUGAUGGUGAGACCACCACUCAGGGGCUUGACGGGCUUGCGACACGGUGCCAGCAGUACUAUAAGGCUGGGGCGCGGUUCGCCAAGUGGCGAGCGGUCCUCAAGAUCGGUCCAAACGAGCCUUCUGAACUGAGCAUUCAACAGAAUGCCCAGGGCUUGGCCCGCUACGCCAUUAUCUGCCAGGAGAACGGCCUCGUCCCCAUUGUCGAGCCCGAGGUCCUUACCGAUGGCAGCCACGAUAUCAAGAAAUGCGCGGCGGUCACUGAAGCCGUCCUGGCUGCAGUUUACAAGGCGCUCAAUGAUCACCAUGUCCUCCUCGAAGGGACACUCCUGAAACCCAACAUGGUCACUCCCGGCUCCGACAGCGCCAAAGUUGCUCCAGAAGUGAUUGCAGAGUACACAUUGACGGCACUGCGGAGGACAGUGCCACCGGCUGUGCCGGGAAUUGUGUUCUUGUCCGGCGGGCAAAGCGAGGAAGAGGCGACUUUAAAUCUGAACGCCAUGAACAAGCUGGACGUGCUGACGCCAUGGACGCUGUCGUUCUCAUUCGGACGAGCUCUGCAGCAGAGCACGUUGAAGAUAUGGUCCGGUAAGGCAGAGAAUGUGGAGAAAGCACAGGCCGCGUUCUUGGUGAGGUGCAAGGCGAAUUCGGAGGCAACACUGGGGAAGUACGGCGGCACCGACGCCGCCGCCGCCACCGAUCUGUCCUCCCAGAGUCUCUACGAGAAAGGAUACAAAUAUUAAUCAGCAAUGCAUAUAUAUCCAUCUGAUUACCUCUACUGUGUUUAAAUAACUAAUUUGAUUUGAAUCUUCUGUGCUUAAAUCCUUCUGUAACAAGUUUACAUGUGAUUCUCGUACAUAAAUACAUAAUAUCAUCAUCAUCCCUACCAUAUAA